CGACCACUUGCCACAUCAGAAACCGCCAGAAAACUACCUCAACGACCGACUGCAUCCAAUACAGCCGCUCGCAACAUAAAGACGUAUCGUGUUCGUUUUGCAGAUGAGGUGGACAGUGGUGCGUCGACAUCCAGUACAUGCUCAGAGCAGUCGACCAAAUCUGCCAGCCGAUGUGCCACCGCCAUUCGGCAACGACAACAGCUGUCUUCAUUAGAUACUCCACAAGCAACGUCGCCUUAUGUGACUCAAAUGACGAGGCCGAAGAAGACCACCUCAACUCCGUCCACUCAUGCUUACAUGAAACAACCUGAUAACUGUAUCACUACAGCAAGAAAACCAAGCCAUGCUGUACAAUACUCCUAUUCGAUCGAUGACGUCGAAUCGCUACCCGAACCACCUUCAUAUGAGGUGGCCAUCAGUAGAUUACGGCAAUUCGAAAAACCACGGGAAUCGAUCCGCGACUUUGUGAUACGUCAAAAUGUGAACGAAGCACUGAGUCGGAAACUUCGUAAUCGAUCGGCAUCAUUACCACGGUUGGAGACCGCAGACCUGAAUGAGCUACAGUACCGAUCUCCACCAAAAACUCUCAACUAUCAGAUGGAUCAACUUCGUAACCUAGCCAUUGGAAGUCUAGAUAAUCUCAGUGUUAGUGUUGAUUCGCCCAACAAGAACACUCUACGAAGGCGUCGUCUACCGGUAGCACCUCUUCUUGGCUCACUUUCCAAGAUACCUGGAGUUCAACCAGACGACUUUGACUUUGCCCCUCACUCAUCACGAAUGAUGCAAAGGCGAUCCAGAGAUCAGGCCGAAAUGCAACGAUUCGCGAGAAGGUCAGCAAGUAUUGGACCACACUGCGAAGUUUUGGAGUAUGGCACCAGGCGAGAAAUUCCUCCAGUUCGAGCUGUUCUUGUAGCAUUGGAUCAGUGCGGAUUCCGGACAGUAGUCGUAGAAAAAACACAACCAGGACCUUUUGGUUUUUACAUUGCUACUGGAGUGAUGAAUGGACAACGAGGUAUUUUCAUCUCUCGCGUGUCAAUCGCUUCACUGUCCCCAAUGCUAAGUGUCGGCGAUGAGAUUCUCUACGUGGAUGAUCAACUCGUUAAAGGGCGAAGUCUGGAAACUGUACAAGCACUGAUCGCAGGCAAAACCAAAGUGCUGAUAGUACUACUUCCAGCGAUUGGAAAAUACAUCUACUAA